CUUCUAAUCUCGGUCUCUUCAGGUUAGUUUAAUGAAUUUUGUCAUGGCGUGCCUGUGGCAGGGGGCUUUUGCUCUCUGCCGAACCUUUAUUAUACGUUUUCCAGCAUCUCAAGGAGACCUGUAACUCUGGAAAUUAUGCGACAACUUUGAAAGUUAAUCGAUUCUUUUCGGCGACCUUUGGUGAUUUGUUUAAAAUAGAGUUGUCAGAGAAAAGCUUUUGCCAUGUCUCUACUCUGUGUAAGAGUUAAGAAAGCCAAGCUCCAAGGAUCUGUGGAUAAGUUCAAUUCCUAUGUGACGCUGAAGGUGCAGAAUGUGAAGAGCACCACCAUCACAGUGCGAGGGGACAAGCCAUGCUGGGAGCAGGACUUCAUGUUCGAGAUCAACCGUCUGGACCUGGGCCUCAUCGUGGAGGUUUGGAACAAAGGCCUCAUCUGGGACACCAUGCUGGGGACUGCCUGGAUCCCCCUCAAAAGCAUCCGCCAGUCAGAUGAGGAGGGCUCAGGGGAGUGGACUUUCCUGGAUGCUGAGGUUCUGAUGAAGGCUGAUGAGAUCUAUGGCACCAAGAACCCAACACCCCACCGUGUUCUCCUAGACACGCGCUUUGAGUUGCCCUUCGACAUCCCAGAUGAUGAGGCACAGUACUGGACUUGCCAGCUGGAUCAGAUCAACACAAUGAGGAUCCAUGAUGAAUACCCUCUGCAGGAUGAGGUUCAGGGACACCCCUUGCCGCUUGCUGCCUCUCAAUGCUCACUGGAUGACCAUGACAGUGCAGUGGAAGACCGGGACAGUGACUACCGCAGUGAAACCAGCAACAGCUUGCCCCCGCGCUACCACACCACAGCCCAGCCCAACUCCUCCAUGCACCAGUACCCCAUGGGCCCUCGCCUCCAGAACAACCUCGACUCCUGCACGGACUCUGUGCACAGCUUUGACAUGGACCCCAGAGACCACCACGGGAGCAGAUCCAUAAACCAUAAAGGGAGGGUCCGGAUCAUCCCUGUAGAUUCGGGUAUGGGUGUGGAGGAUUGGGAGAGCAAAUACAAAGUGCAGGGACAAAAUCAGAUGAGUGAGAUCCUAGACAAGGAAGAGAGUCAUUUGGCAGAGGAUGAUGUUGUCCGCCGCAUGGGCAGAGCUCUGUCUGAACCCUCAAGCAGUUCACUCUUCCAAAGCACACAACGGACAGGCGUCCUACCUGCCACCUACCCAGCGGGCUAUGACACUAUUGAUCGGCGGAGAAGAAAGAGGAUCCAGGAUCCAGGAGGGAUGUCCUUUUCAGAGGCUGAGAAACUCGCAGACGAGCCUUUCCCCCCUGACCUUGCACUCCUCCGCCAGAAGAGAGGAGAGCUGGUGCUCCGGCAGGUGGCAGAGCUUGAGGAAGAGGAGGAGCAAAUGACACCGUGCCUCAAGCCAUACAAGAAUGGACUUCUUUACAAGACUAGAAUGUGGGCAAAAAACAGAUUGGGGGACACCUUGGAGAACUAUGUGGCUUAUCAGGAGGAGGAAGCUGCCAGGAUGAGGACAGGUUUGGCCUAUGAUUCAGAGGAGGAGCUGCAGUACUCUAUGGGAUCUGAGGAGGAGCUAGAGGAAAUUGUCUCCUUAGCAGAAGCCAUUCAUUCAGAGAGUGUGAGGGGUUAUGGUCAAACCAGGUAUGCUUCAUGUCUUGGGGGUCACACAGACAAGCAUCAGAGUUAUCUGAUGAAGAAGAGUGGAAAGGGGAAAAUGGGGGGAUGGGCUCCUGAAGCCAUGCUGUCUCCAGUGGAAGAACCAAGUGAUGAGUAUGUAGAUCCCAUGGAUGAGCUCCAGUGUCUGGUUGAAACUGUAUCAGAGUACUUAGCGGAAAAAGAGGAGGAAAUAAGCAAGUAUGGGUCCCUUCCCAAGUCAUCCAAGUCAAGGUUAUCUUCCCAAGGCAGCAUAAGAACAGAAUCCACUGGAGAGGACCCUAGGACCCCUAGGGAUAUCAAGGAGGAGAUUCAGACAGAGGCACCAGAUGAACCAGGAAUUUCUGGAGUGAAAAAUGUUAUGACUUCAUUGUUCAGUUCCUUCAGUGAUAAGGUUGGUUCUGCUCCAAUGCAGCCAGGCUGUAGAUCUGCAGAAACCAAAGAUGUACCGCCUGCACAUUCUUCUCAUUCUGGUAUAUCUAGAUUAUUUUCUUUGAUUCCAAAAUCCACUGGCCUUGCUCCUGCUCCUGUGGCUGUCGUAUCUCCUACAGCUCACCCCAACAGAAGAUUUUCCUUCAGUUUGUCUUCCCAGGCUGAUGCCAAGACUCAAGUCCAGAACCAAGCCUUGCCAGCCAUAAGAACCGAGACUCUAAAUAGUAUGAGUAAAACUGAUGGCAUUCAGGACUCUGCAAAACCACACACACCAGGAGUCUCUUCAAUUUUUGGGAAAAUAAGCUUUGUUAAACUCUUUUCUGGUGAAGAAGUAGUGAACUCUACGGAGGGACAGCAAUCCCCAGAUAGAGGUUGUUUAAGAGAGGACUCUCUAGCACACUCAGAUGAGAAAGGUGAACAGCCAAGUGCUGUGGAAGGAAGAGGACUUAAUAAUUCAAGAAAUAUACACCCCCAAAAAGGAAAUGUUAUGAAUGAGAUUCCUGACUCAAUGAUUUCCUCUCAGCAGAAUUCAGCAAGUGGGCCACCCAUUUGCCAACCAGAACCAAAAACCUCUGGGUUCUUCAAUCCUUUCAAGAAAUCUUUCAGCUCAUUGAUUGCACCAGUUAACCCUGUUCCCCCACAGCAUCCUCCAUCUGUUGAAGUAUAUCCUGUAUUUGGGACAGCACCAGAUACUGCACCAGAGAAACCACUGGAAGAAACAUCUACAGGCAGUAGGAUAAAACGUCAGUUUCUUUCCUCUGACAAUGUCUCUACCCAACAGCCUCCAAAAGCAGAAGGAGGAAUGUUCGCUGGGUUAAUAAAAUUUGCUUCUGGUGAAGAUAUCAGUGCCUCCAAACCACCAGAAAAUCCCGGUCAACAACAUGUCCGGCAUCGCCAGUUGCCCCAAGUUCCACAUCAACAGCCUACACAGCAACAUCACAGGCCCCCACUAAUGAAUGUUGGAACAUCGCAAGAUUCUACUCAACCUGAGCCUCAAGGAUUUUUGCCAAGUCUUUUUAAAGGGACCACCAUCGAGGACACAUCAAAGCCCCAGCAAGGAGGACUGUUGUCAGGACUUCUUAGAUUUGGCUCUAAAGGUGACUUAUCUGAGAAUCCAAUGCCACAGCAGAAUCCCCCAAACAGUCAGCCUCCUGAAGCCAUUAAUCCUCAACUUCAUCAACAUCCAACACAGCAAAGUGCAUCUACUUCCUCUCAGCAGGGGGGUAUUUUCUCAGGUUUACUAAGGUUUUCGACUGCCGAAAAUAUUUCACCUAAUGUUCAACCUCCCCAGACCAAAAAACAAGGGGCUUUCCCACACAAUCACCCCAGUCCACCGCAAGCGUCAAACCAGUCUCAACAACCACCUCGUCGACAAGACCCUCCUCAUCAAGCUGGUCUUUUCUCUGGGUUGUUUAAAUUGGGUUCCUCUGAUAAUGUUUCCAGCACUCAAAUAUCUCCCAUGCCGCAGCAACAAACUUCCUCUGUUGGAACUAAUCAGCAGAAAUGUAAUCAACAGAAUAUGCAAGCUCCAAUCCAGGGUCCACUGAGGGACCAGGCUUUUUUAGACAACAAACCAGGGUUUUCUAGACAACAUACAGUUCCAAAACCCACUCAAGAAGGUGGUCUUCUUUCUGGACUUUUUAAGUUUGCAUCUGCAGACAACGUAUCUACCAAUCAGUCUCCAAUAACUCAGACACAUUCUGCUGCUCCUGUCAAUCAGCUGCCUAGCCUUCCGUAUCCCAACAAGCAGUCUUUGCACUUACAAGGCCAAAAUCAACCAAAUCAACAACCUAGUCAACAGUUACAAAGCCAAUAUCAACCAACACAAGACCCUAGUCAAUCCAAUGGUUUACUAUCUGGGUUACUGAAAAAGACAGACACUGUAACUCAGCAGCUGCAGUCAACACAAAUCUGCCAAGAAAGGCAGCAACAUGUAAUCUCACCACCACGUGAAACACCGCUCCCUACCACAAAAAGUCAGACUCCUGCUUCACAGCAAGAUACUGCAAGUAAGUCUGGAGUUCUGUCUGGACUGUUUAGCAAAUUAACAAAAUCCUCUGAAAAUGGUGAGGCCUGCAUUCAGUCACCACCCUUGCAAAAACAACAUUACACAAACAAUUCACCUGGUUCGCUCCCACAGCAAGCAACACAAUCUACACAUACACCACAUCAGGUACCACAUGAAUCCAAUACAGAUGCUGACAAAAAGCAGAGCUUUCUAUCAGGACUCUUCAAUAAAAAGCAAACAGAAAAUAUGUCCACUCAUGAAUCAAGUCGCAUUCUGGAGCACAAUCAAGAGUCAAAGACAAAACCUGCAAUCUUAUCAGGUUUGCUCUUGAAUACAUUCAAGACUGGCCCAAGCUACACUGUAGAAAACCCUACCUUUGGAUCUGAAAUGGAGGGGAACGAAAGCUGUCUCUCCAUUCCCAGGCAAAACAGAAAUAUUGCAGAAAUUGCCCCUGGCUCAUGGGAGGCUGCGAGUUUAGACUUAAGAACUUCAACUACAUAUGCCAGGUCUUAUCAAAGUCACCCUUCAUACACAUCAUACAGCACCGGCCAUUUACCUCAGUUGCACUACCAUGGUUCUCUUCAGUCACUUCACCCAUUAGCUUAUAGUGCAGGAAAUAUGGUAUCCCUUGCUCAAGGCCAUCCAAACACAGCAGUGAUGUCAUCCCAACAAUAUUGCAAUCAAAGUAAUAAUUCCUUAUAUUCAUUAAAUGCACAGGAGGGUUAUCAAGAACCGUUGGCAUCAAAGGUAACCAAUUCUAGUUACAGUGAAAAUCAAUGGAUCCAAGAAUCUGUUCUGUGGCAGCAGCUUCAAAAUCAAUCACUGACGCCUCACCCAAAUGAUGUGGGUUACUUACUGCCACCAGAAGAUGCAGGAUUGCGAGAUUCCUCUCUCUACUGUAACUCCACAAAUAUGAAUCAUCACUAUAGUUCUACCCCCCUUUGGGAUGGAAUUGUUCAUAAUCAAGAACCGAUUAGGCGCCACCAGAAUGAGGUACCAAGAAACCUUGACAGCAAUCCAUAUGCUAAGAAAAAAUUAUGGAAUAGUUAUGAAGACUUGGUUCUGUAUUCUAACCAAAUGAUGGAACAGAAUGAAUACUGGACUGAGGAGGAGUGUGCAUUGAACUUGAGCACAAAAAGCAGUAAUGCACAAUUUGGUAAAUGGAACUCCUUUGAUAAUGGUAGCUGCCAUAGUCUGAAUUAUGUUUCAUAUCAUGAGGGUUAUUAUGAAGAGAAUCAUCCACCUAAUCUAUCUUAUUCAGCUAAUUGGCAAUAUGGUGGUCAAGAAUUGCAAAGACAAGACAUGAUUAACCAAAGCCAAUGGAGUUUGCCUAGGUCAUUUGAUUCCAGUUACCCUAAUCCUUCCAGUGGAGAGAUGGAAGAGUCUAUGUACCUAGAAGAGACAGAAUGGUACCAACAAUGGCUUGCACUUUUGGAGCAAGGAAUGUGGUGGCCAUCAGAUGAUGGAGAUUGUGGGUACUUUGUUUACACUGAUCAUGAAUAUAUCUAUGCCCUGCUAACAGAUGCAGCAGGUACAAUGGUCUAUGCGUUUUCUCCUGAGGGAGAGUCUUUAGGAACUGGGCCUGAUGCCUUCCCAAGUGCUUGGCUUCAUAAUGAAAUGGUCACAGUAUGUGGAUUUAAAGUACCUCUCUAUAAUGAGGAUGAGCUCCUCUGGCUUCCUGGACAAGACCAGGGUGAUCUUCAACUUGUCAAUGCCCCCCUUAACUUAUCUGCUGCCUAUAGUAAAGGAAAUCAGAUCAUGAAUUUGAACCUGGAGCGCUUCUCUCAAAUGUUUGAGAACUCCUUUCAUGCACAAAAAGAACAACCUGUAGAUUUUUCAUUGUACAGACUGAACAAAGUUAGUAUGGAUCAGAGACAACCCAACUAUGCCUAUCAAGACCCAUAUUCCGAAAUCAUGGACCUUUCAUGUUCAAAUAGGGAUCAGAAAGGCCCUUAUUGGAACAAUCAAGAAAUGAAGGCCCUUCUUUCUCAGAAGGUUGCUAUCUCACACACAGCUACCGCCACCACAGAUUCAUUUAAUCAACUCUUAAACAACUGUUACCGGCCUCGUCAAAGAAGGCGUUCAUCUGCUGGGGUCAUAGUAAGGCAUGUAGAUGACACCCCAGAGGAAGAAUGGCGGCAGAGAGUGACCCCUGGAGAGGAAAUCCCUAAUCGUCAAGUAAAAAAGAUCUCGUCAUUUCUUUCUUCCAUGGUUGGUAAAACUGAGCCAGAUGUGAAAACAGGAAAAUCCUUUCAUGCUAAUAGCGAACAACAAAAAACAUCUGGGACCGGUGUUAGCCCGGUAGACCAACAGGCCAAGGGCGUACUUUCAUCAGGUUUCCAUAGUCUUAAAUCAAAGAUUAUCAAAGAAAAUCCCCCUGCUGCAACAAAUUUCUCUAAGAUUGAAAAUCAACAGUCACAGAGGCCAGCUACAUCUACAUCUUCUAGAAUUCUGCCCAAACCUCCCACAUCUGGACAAUAUGGGCCACCCACAAUACCAUCACCAACUGUGACUCAAUCGGGACAAUAUGGGCAACCCCCAGAACAACCAAUGAAGGUUACUCCAAAACCUAGACUUGCACGACAAGCCACUAUGUCUCAGCAAGCUGCUCCACCAACCCAGCCCUCAGUGCCAACCAGUUCCCUGGGCACACACAUUAAAUCUACCUCUCCCCAACAGCCACAACCCCAGUGUACCACCAAUAUAUCAGCUGCUAAACCAGUGGAAAAACCACCAGAACAACCACAGGGAGGGUUUAUUAGCUUUUUCAAGUCUGCCCUGCUGAUGGAGGAGUCAAAACCAGAGUCUCCCACACCUUCAGAACUAUUGUCAAAACAACAACAUAAGCUAGUAGCAGACCCAGCUUUAUCAGGAAGUACAGCUCCAAAUACACAAGAUGACACAGGAGCUUCCAGUCUUUUUGGGUCAAUUGGUAGCUUCUUUAGUGCAGAUCCUCCUCCCUCACAAAAACAGCAACCAAACCCUGUUGUAAGAAAUGAGCGUAACAGAGUUGUUACACAAAGUUCUCAGUCAACAUCAUUAAGACCUUUGAAGAAACAACAAACAAUAGAUGGAGAAAAAUGUAAAGUCCCACAGCCAGUUCCUGGUCAGCCGCCAACUAAAAGCAUGUCACAAGUAUUUCCGCCCAAUACUAGCGCUGACCCAACACCGGGUCGAUCACAGACUAUGCCACCAACUGGACAAACCAUACCGGAGCCACCCCCCAAACAAUCAGGUGGACUGUUUGGCUUUAUGGGAGAAAUCGGAGAUAUGAUCUCUGGAACAACAACUUCUACUCCUACAAAUACUAAAGAGGAAACUACAGGUAUUGGGUUGUUGUCAAUGUUUGGUGGGUCUAGUCUGCAGCAGGCACCAACACAAACCAGAUCCUCAUUUAAAACGCCUCCCCCAGAACAACCCGGUGAAAGUGUAGUCUCAAUCUCCUGUAGACCAAGUCCACCAGAGGAACCAUCACAUACUACUCCACAGGCAUCUCAAUCUGUGACCACCCCACAACAGGCAAAACCCCACCCAGAAUCUAGCACUGUUCUUGGGGGACAGGUUUCAGGUUCCUAUGCCAAUGAAAGCCAAGCAAAGGGAUUGUUUUCCAUGUUUGGCAGCCCUACUGCCCCACAGCCUUCAGCACAAUCUGCAUCAACUUCAGGAUCCUCUUUUCCAAGCUCUACAACGCCUAAAGAACCACCCAGUAAAAGCUUAUUUUCCAUGUUCAGUAGCCCUCUGUCACCCCCACAGACUAGCUCAGUUGAAUCUGCAACAACCGUACCUACUUUGCCACUGUCCAAAAAAGAAUCCAUCCCAGUUCUACUUCAUGAACCUGACCAGCCAAAAGAGCCAGAUGCCCCUAAACAGCCCCCUGCUACAGACACACUUCAAACUGUGGGCUCUAUGUUAGGAGGAUUGUUUGGAGGGUCUAGUCCCCAGCCUGCUACAGCUACUCCUGCAUCUGUGGGUUCUAUGCUCGGAGGGCUGUUUGGCGGAUCUAGUCCCCAGCCAGCUACACCUACUCCAAAAACAGCAGGUUCUAUGUUUGGGGGAUUGUUUGGUGGAGCCAAUCAACCUGGUCCACCUACAGCACCAACCCAAACAGCGAAACCCACUGAGGACCGAAUUUCCACAGCUGUACCUGGUAUCACUUCAGUAGAUGGCACAGCCAGAAGAAAAGAGCAGGGAAACACCCCUAAAGAUUGUACUGUAGUUCCGGCUGUUGAUUCUGCAACCACAGUAUCUUAUUCCGAGUGUGCCACUACCCAAAAGGAAUCCAUCUCUGUUUUGCCUCAGGAACCUGCCUUGCCUAAAGAGUCAAAAGUCUCUAAAGAGUCACCAGCUGCAGACCCUACUGAAACUGGUGGUUCUUUGUUGGGAGGGUUGUUUGGAGGGUCUAGUCCCCAGCCACCUUUAGCAGCCUCCCAAACUGCAGGUUCUAUUUUGGGAGGAUUGUUUGGAGGGUCUAGUCCUGAGCCUCCUUCAGCUGCCCCUCAAACUGCAGGUUCUAUGUUUGGAGGGUUGUUUGGUGGGUCUACUCCACAGCCAGCUACAGCUGCCUCUCAAACUGCAGGUUCUAUUUUGGGAGGGUUGUUUGGAGGGUCUAGUCCCCAGCCUCCUUCAGCUGCCCCGCAAACUGCGGGUUCUGUGUUAGGAGGGUUGUUUGGAGGUUCUAGCACCCAACCAGUUACAGCUGCCCCACAAUCAGCAGGUUCUAUGCUAGGAGGAUUGUUUGGAGGAUCUAGUCCCCAGCCAGCCUCAGGUCUUUCUCAAACAGAACCAACAAACACCCCAGAGAACAAACUACCCACUGCUGUAUCUCAUACUACUUCAGCAGAUGGCGCUGACAAAAUAAAAGAGCUGGGAGAUACUAUUGCUACUACUCCACCUCAAGAUGGCACUGAGGUUGAAACUCUUGACUCUUCAACUACCCCUGAUUGUGCCACUGCCCAAAAGGAGUCCAUCCAAAAAGGUGCACAUCAAGAACCUUUGCUACCUAAAGCGGGAGAAGCCCCUAAAGAGCAACCUGCUACAGGAUUUCUCUCAAUGUUUGCAGGUUCUACUCCACAGCCUGACACAGCUACUUCUCAAACUGCUGGUUCUAUGUUAGGAGGGAUGUUUGGAGGGUCUAGUACCCAACCGGCUACACCUCAAACUGCAGGUUCUGUGUUAGGAGGAUUAUUUGGAGGGUCUAACCCUCAGCCUGGCAAAGCUGCCCCUCAAACUGGAGGUUCAUUGUUGGGAGGGUUGUUUGGAGGGUCUAGUACCCAGCCAUCUUCUGUUGCCCCUCAAUCUACGGGUUCUAUGUUAGGAGGGUUGUUUGGAGGGUCUAGCCACCAACCAGCUACAGCUGCUCCUCAAACGGCAGGUUCUAUGUUAGGAGGGUUGUUUGGAGGGUCUAGUCCCCAACCAGCUACAGCUGCUCCUCAAACGGCAGGUUCUAUGUUAGGAGGGUUGUUUGGAGGGUCUAGCCCCCAACCAGCUACAGCUGCUCCUCAAACGACAGGUUCUAUGUUAGGAGGGUUGUUUGGAGGGUCUAGCCCCCAACCAGCAACAGCUGCUCCUCAAACGACAGGUUCUAUGUUAGGAGGGUUGUUUGCAGGAUCUGUUCUGCAGCCAGCUAAAACUACUAUUGAAACAACACCAGAAAACAAAAACCUUGAGAACAAAAUAGCAGCAGCUGGCCCUGCAACCACCCCAAUACAUGCCCCUGCCGUAGUAGAGCUGGGUGACACAGGCAUUGUUACUUUGCACCAAAAUUCAUUAUUGUCUGAGGCAGCAAGACAUCAUGACACCAACAAUGAACUUAGGAUGACAGGUUUCCUCCAACCUGAUAGUAAGGCUAUUGAAGUAGUCCAAGGGAUUGAUAAACCUCCAUCAGCCACGGACUGUCAGUCAAAUGAUGCUGAUACAUCAGGGCAACGUGCUGAAACAGAACAGGCCUCAAAGUUGGUACAGCCUACAAAAAUGGUUCAGUUAAACUCUUCUGGAAAAGAAAAUACUAUGUCUGUUGAAGGAGCAGUAAUACAUGAGAAGCCAAUUAUAUUUAUGGAAGAUCCCGAGAGUAAUGAUUCAAACAAGUCAGGCCCACCAAUGGAAUCUGCCCAGAAGAUUCCCACGACUGAUGCGUUGCCAAACACUGAGGAACCAGCCCCAAAGUCCCUGUUUGGUAGUUUAAUGUCAGGAACCGGUGAUGCUGGAAAAUCUUUUGGGUCAAUGUUUUCAUCGCCACCUACCAUUCCCAAAGCCCUUCCCACAAUGCCUCAAAUAGAAGCUGGUGGUGGUCUGUUUUCAGGAUUCAAAACGAUUUCUGCAGGUUUAUUUCAAGAGGAGAAGACAAGUGUAGCAAAGCAAGAACCAAGCACUGCCUCUUUAUUUGGGGCAAAAUUAGGUGGUUUCUGGAGUGCCUCUGCAGAACCUCCCAAGCCACAAGCUCCCCCAGUUUUUACCACUCAACCCAAAUCUAUUGAUAAGCCAACCAAGGAGACAAGUGAUCAAAGUUCGGUAGGUCCUCCUGGUGACUUAGCCAAACCCCAGAUUUGCAUCUCCACACCCGAGGUAGAUCCUUCAGCAUCCCUGUCCCAAAAGGAGAAGGAAAGCCUUGUAGAUCCAUCCCCUUCUGCAGAUCCCACCUCUGAAGUGCAGCUGGUCAACCAGUCCAUGAAGGACCUAUUGAAUGCUAAAAGUCCGGUGGAAAGUAGUCGCUUUGGAUCCUCAGGGAACCUGAGCCAGACCAGCUCCCAGCUUAGCGAGACUGGCCAGGAGAGCAUUGCAGGCUCAGGACUAGAAGAGUCUUUCCACUCCUACCACAGUACCAGCUUCCGCUCCUCCAUCAGUGGCCAGCAAACCAUUAAUGGACAUCUGCAAAGCAAUGGACCCCCUGAUUUAAGGCAGGAGGAUUUGCGAAGACCCUCCAUGGAGAAGGGAAAGAGUUUAAAUGGCAGUAUGAAGUUAGACUACUUAGUUGAAAAAAGGUCCAAUAAACAUCUGCAAAGCUUCCCAGACGAUGGGCCUCCUUUGCCCUUCUCUCCAUCCAGAAUACGCUGGUUAAAGGCUAUCAACAAAGUCAGGGUACAGCUUCAGGAGGGGGGAGAUGAUGGGCCAAACUCCAGACAGGCUUGGAUCAAACCAGGUGGUGGAAGUGGUUUGUUUGGGAUUGACAGCAUGCCAGACCUUCGAAAGAGAAAGCCUAUACCCCUGGUCAGCGACGUGGCUAUGUCCCUGGUCCAAGCAAGGAAGGCUGGAAUCACCUCUUCAAUGGCCGCACGAUCCUCCGUCAAAGACGAGGAGCUGAAAAACCAUGUGUAUAAGAAGACCCUCCAGGCUCUGAUCUACCCCAUCUCCUGCACCACGCCCCAUAACUUUGAGGUGUGGACGGCCACCACGCCCACCUACUGUUAUGAAUGUGAGGGCCUGCUGUGGGGCAUAGCUCGCCAGGGCAUGAGGUGUUCCGAGUGUGGGGUCAAGUGUCAUGAGAAGUGCCAGGAGCUGCUGAAUGCUGACUGCCUGCAGCGCGCUGCUGAGAAGAGUUCCAAGCAUGGAGCUGAGGAUCGUACCCAGAACAUCAUCAUGGCCAUGAAAGACCGUAUGAAGAUCAGGGAGAGGAACAAGCCGGAGAUCUUCGAUGUGAUACGGGAUGUGUUUGUCGUCAGCAAAGUGGUCCAUGCCCAGCAGAUGAAGACCAUCAAACAGAGCGUGCUGGACGGAACCUCCAAGUGGUCUGCAAAGAUCACCAUCACAGUGCUGUGUGCCCAGGGCCUGCAGGCCAAAGAUAAGACAGGUUCCAGUGACCCCUAUGUCACGGUCCAGGUAGGAAAGACCAGGAAGAGGACCAAGACCAUCUACGGCAACCUUAACCCUGUCUGGGAGGAGAAGUUCCACUUUGAGUGUCAUAACUCCUCCGACCGUAUCAAAGUACGUGUAUGGGAUGAGGAUGAUGACAUCAAGUCCCGGGUGAAGCAGCGCUUGAAAAGAGAGUCCGAUGACUUCCUGGGUCAAAGUAUCAUCGAGGUCCGCACACUCAGUGGAGAGAUGGAUGUCUGGUACAACCUGGAGAAGCGGACCGACAAGUCGGCCGUGUCGGGUGCCAUCCGUCUCCACAUUAGUGUGGAGAUCAAGGGAGAGGAGAAGGUGGCCCCCUACCACGUCCAGUACACCUGCCUGCACGAGAACCUGUUCCACCACUCGACGGACGUUCUGGGCCAGGGGGUAGUGAGGAUCCCGGAGGCCAAGGGAGACGACGCCUGGAAGGUGUACUUUGACGAAGUGGCCCAGGAGAUAGUGGAUGAGUUUGCCAUGCGCUACGGGAUCGAGUCCAUUUACCAGGCCAUGACGCACUUCGCCUGCCUGUCCUCAAAGUACAUGUGCCCUGGUGUUCCCGCGGUGAUGAGCACCCUGCUGGCCAACAUCAACGCCUUCUAUGCCCACACCACCGCCUCCACGAACGUCUCCGCCUCCGACCGCUUCGCCGCCUCCAACUUUGGGAAAGAGCGCUUUGUCAAGCUCUUGGAUCAACUCCACAAUUCCUUGCGCAUAGACCUUUCCACAUACAGGAACAACUUUCCUGGUAGCAGUAAGGACCGUCUUCAGGACCUGAAGUCCACAGUGGACCUGCUGACCAGCAUCACCUUCUUUAGAAUGAAGGUCCAGGAACUGCAGAGUCCCCCCAGAGCCAGUCAGGUGGUAAGAGACUGUGUCAAGGCUUGUCUCAACUCCACAUAUGAUUACAUCUUCAACAACUGUCAGGAGCUCUACAGCCGCCAGUACCAGCUGGCGAAUGCACACAAAGAUGAUCUUCCCCUGGAAGAGCAGGGCCCUAGCAUCAAGAACCUGGACUUCUGGCCCAAACUCAUCACCCUCAUUGUCUCCAUCAUAGAAGAGGAUAGAAACUCUUACACACCUGUCCUUAACCAGUUUCCUCAGGAGCUGAAUGUGGGCAAGGUGUGUGCUGAGGUCAUGUGGACGCUGUUUGCCCAGGACAUGAAGUAUGCAAUGGAGGAGCAUGAGAAACACAAACUGUGUAAAAGUGCUGACUACAUGAACCUGCAUUUCAAGGUCAAGUGGCUGUACAACGAGUAUGUGAAGGACCUGCCAAACCUGAAAGGGGUUGUCCCAGACUACCCAUCGUGGUUCCUACAGUUUGUGCUGCAGUGGUUGGAUGAGAAUGAGGAAGUCUCCAUGGAGUUCAUGCAUGGAGCUCUAGAGAGAGACAAGAAAGAUGGAUUCCAACAGACUUCUGAGCAUGCGCUCUUCUCUUGCUCAGUGGUGGAUGUCUUUACCCAACUGAACCAGAGCUUUGAGAUCAUCAAGAAACUGGACUGUCCAGACCCCAAGGUUAUGGCCCACUACAGCCGAAGAUUUGCCAAGACCAUUGCCAAAGUUCUCCUGAAAUACAGUGCCAUUCUGACCAAGAGCUUUCCUUCAUACUCUGACAAAGAAAAGAUUCCCUGCGUGCUGAUGAACAAUGUGCAGCAGUUGCGUAUCCAGCUGGAGAAGAUGUUUGAGUCCAUGGGUGCAAAGCAGUUGGACCCAGAUGCCAGUGACAUCCUGAAUGAGCUUCAGGUCAAGUUAAACAAUGUUCUGGAUGAGCUGAGUACCACGUUUGGGAACAGUUUCCAGGCACGAAUUGAUGAAUGUAUGAGGCAGAUGGCCUCUCUGCUGUACCAGAUCAAGGGCCCCGUCAACGCCAAUAGCCGCAACAUGGUGGAGGCCGACUCCGACAACAUGCUGCGGCCCCUCAUGGACUUUCUGGAUUCAAAGUUGACGCUGUUUGCCACGGCGUGCGAGAAGACCGUUCUGAAACGCGUUCUGAAGGAACUGUGGAGGAUUGUGAUGAGCAGCCUGGAGAAGACCAUUGUCCUUCCCCAAGGAAAUGACACCUUUGGGGCUCAGAUUCUGUCUGCAGCCAAAGAACUGGGGCAGCUCUCCAAGCUCAAGGAUCACAUGGCAGGAGAGGCCAAAAGCCUGACGCCAAAACAGUGUGCUGUCAUGGAUAUAGCACUGGACACUAUCAAGCAAUAUUUCCAUGCUGGAGGGAACGGUCUGAAGAAGGCAUUCCUUGAGAAGAGUCCAGAGUUGUCGUCUCUACGCCACGCUCUGUCCCUCUACACACAGACCACAGACACACUCAUCAAGACCUUUGUCACAACACAACAUGCACAAGUGCACAAUGGGAAGGGUAUUAGGUUAACCCCCAAUGAAAGAAUCCAGCCCUCCAGGGGCUCUGGCGUGGACAAGCCAGUGGGUGACAUAUCCAUCCAGAUAGACCUCUUCACCCACCCGGGUACUGGAGAGCACAAGGUCACUGUCAAAGUGAUGGGAGCUAAUGAUCUGAAGUGGCAGACCUCUGGGAUGUUCAGGCCCUUUGUGGAGGUCACCAUGAUUGGGCCACACCUCAGCGAUAAGAAACGCAAGUUCCAAACCAAGUCCAAGAACAACAACUGGGCACCCAAGUUCAACGAGACCUUCCACUUUAUGCUGGGCAACGAGGACGGCUUUGAGUGCUACGAGAUCCAGAUGUGCGUUAAGGACUACUGUUUUGGCCGCGCCGACCGGGUGGUGGGCAUGGCCGUGAUGCAGCUGAGGGACGUGGCAGAGAAGGGCAGCGUGGCGUGCUGGUGCCCCCUGGGCCAGAGGGUCACCAUGGACGAGACGGGCCUCACCGCCAUGCGAAUCCUCUCCCAGCGCUCCAACGAUGAGGUCGCCAAGGAGUUCGUCAAGCUGAAGUCGGAGGUCCGCUCUGCGGAGGAGGGCAGAUGAGGUCCCUGAAGGAAGGGCAGAGGAAGCAGGUUAAAGGGACUCGAGUGAAAAGAGGGAGCACUAUGAUGUCACAGGAGGAAAGCGGAAGCCAGAUGAUGAUGUCGCUUUUAGAAGUGUGUUGGCUUAGAUGGCCACUCGCCUGCUACUUAAGACUCAUUUUAUUUGGCUGCUACAGGUGGUUUGAUGCACACUGGUUCAGACACACUGGUUUUCCCCCAGACUCACCCUUUCUGUCCCUCACUGACCACGAACUUCACAUCCAUAGUCCCCGUCCCCCCCAGUACUGUUUAUCUUGUGGGUUUGCCACUGUUUAAAUGACAUGAGCAUUGUCUCAGCCUGUGUGUAACUGUGGCCAUACAUUUCAUGCCUUACACUUUGGAAGCUGUGAAUGUGUCAAGUUUUUACACUAAAUCUAACUGUGAUAGAAAGCUGUUUAUCUUCUUCAAUCUCACUUUAGUGUUCUUCUGGAUCCUUGUCAGCAUCUCAUGGGUUCUACUAUUAGGAUCCAAAUUCAGGAUGUCAUUGUUAUUGUUGGUGCAUUAAUCAAGGUAGAUUCACUUACUUUCUACUGUUUUGAGUUGUAGCACGUAGACAGCUCUUGAACUCUAAAUGUAAUGUAAAAUCAACUUGUUUCUCCUGUAGAGAAGUGCUGUGUUUUUGUAUUGAAAGUGGUUCCGUGUGGUGAUUCUGAAAUGAGUUUUUCCUUUUAUUCUCUGUUUUCUGAUGUGGGGUACUGUAAUGGCAAGUUCAGUGUGCCUUGCCAGGCAUUGGGCUCAUUCCUGAUUCAGUGUUAACGAUGCUCUUCAAAUUAGUGUUUAUGUAAUGUGAUUUAGUCUAAAUUGUCAUUGAUGUGUUUAACCCAAGGAAUGCCUUCUGUGCAGAGAACGUCCCAUUAAGGCUGGAGUGGUGAAAACUUUUACAUCUGGACCGUUGCUUAGUACAUCAAGAGCUUCAAUAGGGGAGGGCCUUUGGGUGUAUAACCCUAGAGACGAUAAUGUUUGGCUUAUGCAGCCAACCCAAAAUAACAUAGUGUUUAUGAAUUUAUUCCAAAUGUAGUGUAGGUUGUACUAUUGCAAACAAAGAGGGCUGCUAGAUAGCAUAUGAGUAUUGUUUGCACUGUGGUGGUUUUGAAUGACUUCUUACAUGUAUGUAGUUUCCAAGUUGAUACUAACAGGUGGAUCUUUUGGGGCUAGAGGAAUUUAAAGAGUUUACGUCUUACAUGAGGAAAGGGCAAUCCAAGCCCUAGGUUUGCAAUAUUUUCCAGCUAUAUUUCCAUUUAUCUCUUUGUGGCCUUACUUUGGUGGUGAUAGAACAUGUCAUAGACCUCUUGUUUUCUGGGUAUUUCUUUUGUCUUGCAAAAAUGCAGGGAUCGGUCUAUUUGCCCCAAAUCAAUUUAUUGUCGUUAAUGCUGUUACUUUUUUGUCUUUAAUCCUGAGUUCAUGUUUUAAUGUUUGUUUUUAUAGUUCCCAGUUUAAUUUUUUUAUUAAUGUUUUGGUUUUUAUAAUUUCUUUACCAUUAAGAUCUGGUUUGGAGACAUGGCAUGAUUCGUUCAGGUCAGUUGUGUACAGAUACUGUCAGGUAAGCUGCGGGUCGCCACUGUGGUCAGCACGGUGACAGUCAGCUUGGUGUUCACUCAGAGGAAACCACUUAAACGUCACCCACAACAACAGCUAUACAGAUUCCACAGAACCAGUGUGAAUACAUAAUGAUGUAUCUUUGUCUGAUUGAGGGGCACACUGCCACUCUCGCUAACAUAACAUAACACUAACAUAUGUUCCUUGUGCCAAGCUGUGCAACAUCAUUUAAUAUUUUUUUUUAAAACCGUUUUUUUUUUUUUUUUAUCUUGUGAACCCUUGCACUAUGAAGUCACUACAGUAGUCAGCAUGUAUUGUAUGUAUUGUAUGUAAGAGUAACCAGAAUUUUAUGAAAUUUUAUUUGUAUUAUUGCCACUGGAGAAGAAAACAUGGUAUUGUUUAUUAAAAUGUGUACAUUCCAAUUUAUUAAUUUUGUAUAAAGUAUUUAAGAAAUCUC